CUCCAUCCCAUCGCCUUAAGGAGCUAGGAGAUGAAGAAAACAUUGUAUUACCUUUGAAAGCUCCAUCUGUGCUGUGAGGAAGAAGGUAGAGAGGUGGGAGGAGAAGGAGGGAGAGAAGUGCCUGCUUUCCUGUGAGAUCACACAAGUACUGCUUGCAUUGCUGUCAUCACAUGUGAGGAGCAGGGAGGGGAUGAAGAGGUGAUCAAUGUGUCUUCUGGAACUUGGAGCCCCAUCUUCCUGUACCUCUAUGUGGACCCUGAGAUAAGGACAAUCCAGGACUCAUCUCUCCCAAUCUUGGCACAAGGAGCUGGACUGAUCCUGACUCCUAAACCUACAAAGAGACACUCUUGGCUACUUUCCUGUGCUGAUGAACUAGAAGGACCAGCGUUGCUUAGACUUACCUGCUCACUCUUCUUCUUCUCCAGCGUUGUGUGAAGCUUCUCUGCUCGGUGAUGUUAGCUCUAGGGCAGAUGGAUGGCACCAGGCAGAGCGCUUUCCUCCUCAGCAGCCCUCCCUUGGCAGCUCUACAUAGCAUGGCAGAGAUGAAGACUCCUCUGUACCCAGCCUAUGCUCUGCAAGGACAGCCCUGUUCUUCCUCUGCUUCCUCCUCAUCCCCGUCUUCUUCUUUAUCCUCCUCACCUUCUCCUCCACUGGGAUCGCCAACUCAGGGCUCCCUCAAGCAUUUAUCCUCCUCACCAGGAGGCCUGUCCUCUCUGGGCACCCCACCACCCCAUAUCUCAAUAGCUACCCCCCAUGGAAUCCAGGACAUCCUGAGCCGCCCAAUCAUGCACUGUCUGCCCUCUCUAGCAGGGGCAACCCUGACCCCCAGCACUUCUGUUUCCCAAGCUACUGUGGCCUCUACCUCCUCUACUGCUGGCCUCCUGGCAGGGCUACCCCGCUUUAGCAGCCUAAGCCCUCCUCCACCACCCCAUCCUGGACUUUACUUCAGCCCCAGUGCAGUCGCUGUGGCCCGUUACCCCAAACCUCUGUCUGAACUGCAAGGCAGGACCCCAAUCUUCUGGCCGGGGAUGAUGCAGAGCCCACCAUGGAGAGAUGCCAGGCUGGCAUGUGGACCCCAUCAAGGUUCGGUGCUGCUGGAUAAGGAUGGCAAAAGAAAACACACGAGGCCCACAUUUUCCGGCCAGCAGAUUUUCGCCCUGGAAAAGACUUUUGAGCAGACGAAAUACUUAGCUGGACCAGAGAGGGCCAGGCUGGCAUAUUCCCUGGGCAUGACAGAGAGUCAGGUCAAGGUAUGGUUCCAGAACAGGAGGACCAAGUGGCGCAAGAAGCACGCAGCAGAGAUGGCCACAGCCAAGAAGAAGCAGGACACCGAGACCGAGAGGCUGAAAGGAGCUUCAGAAAACGAGGAUGAGGAUGACGACUACAACAAGCCCCUUGAUCCUAACUCAGACGACGAGAAGAUCACCCAGCUCCUGAAGAAACACAAGUCAAACAGCUCAUUGCUCCAUCAACAGUCAGAGAAUGACAGCUCAUCUUAGAGGACUUCAGAGCCCACUAGCUUGGGGGACAAUAGACAUGAAAUGGAUGCGACAGUCUCAGAACCUUCUCUGACCACCUUGUCCUUCCAUGAUCAGCACUGCACCUGUAGCCAGGGCGAAAUAAGGCUUUUUUUUAUUUUGUGAGAUGUAUAUAUAUUUUUCUAAACUCUAAAUGAAGGGACAGACUUCUGUAGCAUUACGCUUUAUCACACACCUACAAGCAAGUUACAUACAGCUGAAUUUUUUUCCCCCUUUUGCCCAGCUGAUCACCUCUGGAGGGAACAAACAGUCCCUGAAUCUAUGUCCAGACUGCUCAGGAAUUGGCAGUCCUAGCAAAGGAUUCACUAAAUCAACUCGUUUGAAGGCUCUUGUAAAUAAAUAGUGAGUCACUCUGACCAGAGGUUACUCCACUGUGAAUGUUCUAAUGUAAAGUAACUGUCUUUUGUGUUAAAAAAAAUGCAAAGAGGGAUAAAGGUAGGGGGGCAUGUGAUCCCCUCUUCCACAUCUGUUACUUUCCACCCACCCUGACUCUUUAGUGUCCAGUAAGUUCAAAUCUGCUCAUUGCAUAGCAUCUCUACACCCCCCCCCCACCCAUCCCCUCCCUCCAUCAAUCAGUUACUUUUUAUUUGGUUACACAGUCCUUGGUAUUUAUUACUAAUAAAGUAUAUAUUUGAGCAUAGAGUGCUAUUCAAACAAUUCCACUGACUCUAAUGCAAUCGAUCAAUGCUACUACUUGCAGGGGGUUCAACCCACACUAGAACCUAUAUUGCAAUACAAAACUUUUUUUUUUUUUUUUGUAUGAUAAAUUUACUAUAGGAUAUGUAAAUUGCAUUCUUUUUAAGCUAUAGCUACAGCUACACUGAUAUAUUGGCAUCUUAAAGGCUAUUAAUUUAUAUAAAAACGUGUUCCAGUUUUGAGAAACGUGAAAAAAAAGACUCAUAAAUAUAAUGCACUUUUUGUUAAUGAAAAAAUAAAAUAAAAAAUGUUCGAGGUGACUAAGUGGUAAAGCCAGCCACCUAAAAUAAGGAACUCUAAUAAUAUGGUCUCGUAAGAGAUCUAAUAAAACUGUUUAAAAGGACAGUAUUUCUUUUUACAUUUUGUUUGAUUUUGUUUUUUAUUUCAGCACUUUCGUUUUUUUUUGUCUGUAUAUGUUUAUUAUCUUCAGUAAAACACUUGUUCUAUUGAUUUCAAUUUAGAUUUGUAUGGAUAAUGACACUUAUGUUUCUUGUCAUUGUGUUUUUAUAACACACAAAUUCACGUGGUAUACAAAAAAUAAAUAUAAUGACACACUUCA